AUGGGUAGCAGCAGCCUACCAAUGUCACAGCAGAUGUACUUUAGUACGCACAAUGCUUUAAGAAUAAAUGAAGAGAAUGAUGUAAUUAGUACGUUAUUUUAUGAAAUAAAUGGGAAUAGACAUAUAAGUUUGUUAAUAUUUCCUUUUUAUGAUGUGCAAAUGUUAAAACGAUUAUUAAUAAAAAAAUUAAAUUUACCAGGAGGAGUAAAAGUAAACGAUAUAAUAAUAUUUUAUAAAGGUAUAAAACUACCAAAUUAUAGAAUAAUUAGUACAUAUUUAGAUAAUUCAAAUAGGAGAGAAAAAAAAAAGAAAAAAAGAAUAAAUAAAUUAUAUUGGGCAAUAAAAGAUACUAAUCCAAAUUCAUCAAUAAGAGUUAUAGACAAUAAAAGUUAUCCAUCUUUUUUUGAAAAUAUUUUAAAUGAUAUAAAAUUAGCUUUUAAAAAAAAUAUAUCACCCAAAUUAACAAUGGAUGGGACUGGAGGAACAUAUUUACUAUUUAAUGCAAAAAAAAAAGUAUGCUCUGUUUUCAAACCAAUAGAUGAAGAAGCAUUUGCUCCAUGUAACCCACGUGGUUAUGAAGGGAAAAUGUAUCAAGAAGGAUUUAGAUCAGGUGUACUCUCAGGGGAAGGAGCAAGUAGAGAAAUUGCAGCAUAUAUCUUGGAUAAUAACUAUAAUAAUUUUAGUAAUGUACCUUGUACUAUUAUGGUAGAGGCAUGCAACCCAUAUUUUAAUAAUAAAAGUAAAUUUAAAUAUAUUGAUAAUGAAAGUAAUUUAAAAUGGAAAUGUGGAUCCUUACAAGAAUUUAUAGAUUCAAGAGAGAGUGUUGGAAAUUAUGACUUCAAACAAUUUAGCAUAAGAGAUAUACAUAAAAUUGCUAUUCUUGAUAUAAGAGUUAUGAACUUGGAUAGAAAUGAUGGUAAUAUUUUAGUAUCCCCUUUAAAAAGUUUGAAAGAUUCGUGUAAUCAGUUCUUGUACAGGAAUAAUAAAUGUUUCAGCACCAACGACGAGGACAUCCUCAAGCGCAUAGUCACCAUAGAUAAGAAGCCGUCGCGAUAUAGCUUAAUACCCAUAGACCAUGGGCUUAUAAUGCCCCACAUAAUGGAUGUCGCGGAAAUUGACCUGGUUUGGUUCGAAUGGCCCCAAACAAAAGUACCAUUUGACGACGAAGAGCUGGAGGUUAUAUUUACAUUCGACCCCGAUAGGGAUGCUGAAAAAAUAAGAAACAAAUUAUUAAUUAGAGAAGACUGCAUAAGGACCAUGAGGGUGUGCACACGUCUUUUGCAAAUAGGAGCAAGGAUGCAUUUGAAUUUGCAUGAAAUUGCAAAAAUAAGUACAAGAAAAAACAUCGAUGAGGAAUCAAUUCUGGAGCAUUUAGUUAGGGACUCUAUUAUUCAAGCCUACCAGAUGAUGGACUGCACGUCUCUAAUGAGUACGAACAGACUUGGGUACAUCCUUGACCUGGCAGAGAUUAAGAUAAACAAAAAGAAGAAAGUAAAUAAAACAAAAAUGUCUGAAACUAAUGAUGAAAAAGUGAAAGUAGGUGAGGAUUCGAAUGAGCAAGGAAAAAAUGCAAAUGCGCAGGAAAAGUCGAGUAGUUUCACUGCACAAAUGAAAUAUGUAUAUCCAGAUAAUAAUAGCAACAAUAGUAAUAACAAUUGUAGUAGUAGCAAUAAUAUGAAGGAAUGUAUCUGCACUUCAGUUAGUUUCAAGGAUGUAAGAGAGGAAUUACCAUCAGAAGAAGACUCUUUUUCCAAAGAUAAGCUAUUAACAAUGGUUUGCAGUGAUGUAGAUGUAAGUAGGAGCGAUGAUACAAAUGGUCAAACCAUUACUACGGUAGCAAUUUCGACUGCGACUGGUGCUAUAACUGCUACUACGACUGUUGGUACUACUUCCAAUAAGUGUUCAUUAAAAAAUGCGCAUUCUCGUAGUCCAACGGAAAAUGGUUUACACAGCGUGAAAACAAAAGAAGAGGAGGAGAGUGAAAAUGGAAAUAGCGCAUAUGAGUUUUUGCACUCCUCAGAUAUAGUUGAAUCAAGCAAAAAAACAAAUAAUAUUUACAAGGAUAGUAAAUCGUUUAUCAACGAAUUAGAGAAUACAUCGUGUAAUGAAGUAGGUACUGGGUGCAGUACAUUAUACAAAGAUAAUGAUAUAUGUAAGAAAGAGCAAAAUGGAGUAAGUAACAAAAAAAAUAAAAUUUCAUCUAAUUCAUUUAGCUAUGGAAGUGGGUAUAAUACUCUUGUUACAGGUAGUUCAAGCUCAUAUAACGAUGAUAAGGAUAAUUAUUCGAUGAGGAAUGCUUUUCCAAAGGAUGGCGUAAAUAAAAAUGUAUAUACCCGUCCGAGAAUGGAUAAAUGGUUUUAUAAGAAUGACGAAGGAAAAGAUGCAAAAGCUAAAAAAAAGAAGAAAAAAAUAAAAAAAAAAAUAAAAAGUGAUGAAGAAGAGGAUGAAAAACAUUAUACAUAUGAAAUAAAGGAUGUUCAUGAUGUCGAUGAAAAUGAAAUCAUCAAGGAUGAACAGAGCGAGGCACAGCAGAUGCAGAUGCACAAGGAUUUACCGGACGGUACCGGUGAAGCGGAGGAAAAUGUUGAUAAUAAUAAUAAUAAUAACAGUGAUAAGGAUAAUGAUCACAAUGUGGACGAUGAUGAGGAGGAAGAAAAUGAUGAUGACGAUGAUGAUGAUGAUGAUGAUGAUGACGAUGACGAUGAGGAGGAAGACGAUGAUGACGAUGAGGAGGAAGAAAAUGAUGAUGACAAUGCUACUUUUAAAAAAAAAACAGGUACAAUAAAAAGAAUAAGUGAAAAUACUGGAACAGCAUAUAGAAAUAUAGAAAUGAACAAAAUAAAUUCCAUUUGGAUGAUCAGAGAUAAAAAUAAUAAAAUAAUAAACGUAAAAUGGGAAAAUAAAAUUUUCGAAAAACUUUUUUUUGAAACCUUUGAAAAUUAUGUAAAGAAAUAUAUUAAUGAUUAUCACCCUGAAUGGAAGCAGUAUCCAUACAAUGGCUCAAAAAUAACUUGCAUAAAACAUCCCUACUUAAACAGCAUAAAAUAG